GCACAUAGUUUCCUCACAGUGUCCAACCCGGAGCGGCGAGUGAGAAACAACAGGAAGGAGAGAGGAUGAGAUAAACCGCCUCCUCUCUCCUUCUCCCCUGCACACGCUCAGCUGACUGAGAGCAAAGAGGAGGGAGACGCUUCAAGUGUGAGGGAGCUUUCGUUCGCUAGCGGGACCGACGAGGCUGAGAUAUGGGGUGUAGACUCCCAAAGUUGCGGAAGACAGAAGAGAGGCGUAGCCCAGGCAAUAUCUAUUCCACCCUCCGUCGGCCUCAGGUGGAGACUAAAGUUGGAGUGACCUACACCUACCACUUCCUGGAUUUCCUGUUGGGGAAAGAAGAGGUCUCAUCGGUGUCGUCGGUGCUCUGCCUGUCCUCGGUCCGAGAGCUGCCGGUUCAGGUCAGGGAGCUCUACACGCAGGGCUUUGUCCUGGUUGCCGUCCACCCGUUUGUCCACCCCUGCGGCCCCCGCCACGCGCACAUCCAGCGGCAGCUCCACCGGGCCGUGCUGGUCCGAGAGACACCGAGCUCAGAGAAGAACCAGCUGAGAUGGGCGAGAAAUCGCCUGGAGACGGACGUCUGCGUGGCGGGUCACCAGGUUGCUGACCCCGAAGUGAUCCAGAGCUACGUCAAGCGGAUCCAGGAUGUAGCGGAGCAAGGGGUGAUGUUUGUGGGUUUUCUGCAGCAGCCAGGUGGCGGACCCUGCUUCCUGGGGAACUGGGAUCCUGAGGAGCUGUCGUCCUUACAUUCAAGCCCUUCGCCCAUACACCGACACCCUUUCAGCGCCAGCACCAGCCCGACAGAUCCCACAGACCCACAUCAAAAUGGGCCAGACGCCGAUCAGUGCCCUCAUGAGCCUCAACACUUAGAUCAUGGCGAUGCAGAAUACGACACACGGGACCACAACCCUCUGAAGCCCACCCGCAGCUUAGAGCGCAACACGGAGGAGUCUCCUGAGCAAAUUGGCAUCAAAGCAUCGAUGAACGAACCUCAGCGUCACGUCAGAUCUGGUGUAGACACGGUUCAGGAUGAUGCUGAGGGGAACCAGCUUUGUCCGAGCCCUCCAGAAACAACGGGUGCCGUGAGGCAGCAGGAGUGGAGCGUACCUGAAGCUAAACGAAAUGCGUCCACAGAGAAACAGUUUAGCCUUCCCAGCCAGAGGGAAAGACGGGGUUCCAGCUCGGACAGCUGGCUCAGCUCUCCAGAACUCGACCACAGCCACGAAAGAAGGUCCAGCUCUGCUUGGCAAGGCAGGGUGACGACACACAACAACAACCACAUCAGGUUAAAGGGUUCAGAGAAGGGAGCCACUUCACCACCGUCGCAGGCCAGGAUGCAGCUGUUUGCGCUGUACAACCACACUGAGGAGCUGAACACCUCUCUGAGGUUCUACUCGCUCAGGGUGCCGCUGCGAGUCCAGAAAGAGACGGGGCUCAUCACGGACGUUGACGCGCACUGGCUGGACCACAUGACUCAGCAUUUCACCAGCGGAGCGCAGCUCAUCGACGGGUUCUUCCACCUCAGAGACGAUAGCGACAACGGUGUCUCGUCCGUGGACAGCGUGUUCAUCUUCCAGAGCUCUGCAGAGGAGACCGCAAACACCUCGUACGAUGCCAUCGUGGUUGAGCAGUGGACCGUUGUGGAUGGUGUUGUGGUGAAGACAGACUACAUCCCACUGCUCCAGUCUUUAGCCCCGUACGGAUGGCGACUUAUGUGUGUGUUGCCCACGCCGAUCGUCAAGACAAACAGUGACGGGAGUUUGUCGACCAAGCAAAUCCUCUUCCUUCAGAGACCCGUUCUGCAGCGCAAGAGAAAAGACUUCAAGAUGCUGAGCCUCAGGGGUCGCGGCAAGGCAAAGAAAAACUCCGCCGGAGAAACGCUAGAGGAGAAAGAGGACGCGUCCCCCGUGACAGAGACCGAGAUGGACAGGCUGAGGAGAAACAAGAAAGGGGAGGAAGAAGCAGAGGGAAGGAAGAGCGGGGACAGCGGAAGGAGCGAGAGCCUUCAGAGGGGUGGCGAGGAGAGGGAAGAGGACGCGCGACAACAUCAAACGGGCUUCUCCUUCCUCUCGGAGAGCAGGGCUUCUGUCGAAGACCGGGAAGAGGAGACUGACAUUGAUAGGAUGCUGCUGUCCGCGCAGGAGAAGUCGGUGAGAUGGACAGAUUUCUGCCAGGGAGAUGAUGGGGGGAUCAAGGAGGAGGUGAAGACUGAAGAGCGGAUCAAACAGCAGCUGUUUUCCGGUGUCUGUUGACACAUUUGGCACAAAGCGGGCGAAGGGAACCGAAACUUGCUCAGUUUACUUAAAAAAUAAUAAAAAAAAAUAAUAAAAAGUAGGAUCUUUUCAAUGUUUCCGUUCCUCUGUGGACAGCCCAGAUGUAGUCAGGUAUACGCUGUAUCUAGAUUGCUUCUAUCUGCUCCGUUUAUGGCGUCAACGCACGCCGUCGAGGUCGUAGCUCCUGUAAAUGGCAAGAGUGCCGUGCAGUUCUCUGCUUUGGGUCAGUGCUGCUAUUUGAUGUGUCUUUAUUUCGCACCGUGCCUGUUCGAGGCUAUACAGUGCAACCUAGAGCUAGACUCCAGUCGAAGCCUUAAGUAUCGUUUCCUCUCAGACGGCUGUACUUUACGACUUACUCGUCACAGAACUGGGAGUUUUGAUUUCUCUGGGCUCGCUGUAUUUUUAUAUGCAAAGAUUAUGAUCAUUUAAGAGAAAAACACAAGAGGGGGAGAAAAAGAGAAGAAGGCUGAAACGAUGAAUGCAUUACGUCGUGUAUUAGAGUGUGGAUCGAUGCGAGUACAGUGAUGUCAAGUAAUUGCAGCCUUUUGAAAAGUGUCUUGAUUCUGUAGUUUGUUUUUUGUUUCAUUAUCAGUACAUAUCUAGCAGCAGGUACAGAGUAAAAUACAUCGAACUGUUUCAAAUCUUAGUCUCUCACUGUGGAAAUCAGAAAUACACCCUGAGUCUGGUUCUAAAUAAAAAGAUUUUCGAUGCAAAUUUUGGGAACAUCACAAAUUCUCUCCAAACCUGGUUAAAUAUAAUCAGAUGUCUGUGUGACGAUACCCUACACGAGGCCACCGACAACGUUCCUUUUUUCUAAUUUGUCACUCUGGAAAAUAUGUCACUUAGUCGGCUAUUUAUUACUCUAUUCCUGGGCCACCUGUGUUGUGUAUAAGUAGCGUAACAUGUUAAUAUAAAAACAAGGUCAAUAAAGUGUUUUAAAACAACAA